AUGCAAAAGCUAGCAGUCUAUGUUUAUAUUUACCUGUUCAUGCAGAUUUUAGUUCAUCCGGUGGCUCUUGAUGGCAGUAGUCAGCCCACAGAGAACGCUGAAAAAGACGGACUGUGCAAUGCUUGUACGUGGAGACAGAAUACUAAAUCCUCCAGAAUAGAAGCCAUAAAAAUUCAAAUCCUCAGCAAACUGCGCCUGGAACAAGCACCUAACAUUAGCAGGGACGUUAUUAAACAACUUUUACCCAAAGCUCCUCCGCUGCAGGAACUGAUUGAUCAGUAUGACGUCCAGAGAGACGACAGUAGCGAUGGCUCUUUGGAAGACGAUGACUAUCAUGCCACAACCGAAACGAUUAUCACAAUGCCUACGGAGUCUGAUUUUCUUGUACAAAUGGAGGGAAAACCAAAAUGUUGCUUCUUUAAGUUUAGCUCUAAAAUACAAUAUAACAAAGUAGUAAAGGCACAAUUAUGGAUAUACUUGAGGCAAGUCCAAAAACCUACAACGGUGUUUGUGCAGAUCCUGAGACUCAUUAAACCCAUGAAAGACGGUACAAGAUAUACUGGAAUUCGAUCUUUGAAACUUGACAUGAACCCAGGCACUGGUAUCUGGCAGAGUAUUGAUGUGAAGACAGUGUUGCAAAAUUGGCUCAAACAGCCUGAAUCCAAUUUAGGCAUCGAAAUAAAAGCUUUUGAUGAGAAUGGACGAGAUCUUGCUGUAACAUUCCCAGGACCAGGUGAAGAUGGACUGAACCCAUUUUUAGAGGUCAGAGUUACAGACACACCAAAACGGUCCCGCAGAGAUUUUGGCCUUGACUGCGACGAGCACUCAACGGAAUCUCGAUGUUGUCGCUACCCGCUGACAGUGGAUUUUGAAGCUUUUGGAUGGGACUGGAUUAUAGCACCUAAAAGAUACAAAGCCAAUUACUGCUCUGGAGAAUGUGAAUUCGUAUUUCUACAGAAAUACCCGCACACUCACCUGGUACACCAAGCAAAUCCAAGAGGCUCAGCAGGCCCUUGCUGCACACCCACCAAGAUGUCCCCUAUAAACAUGCUGUAUUUCAAUGGAAAAGAACAAAUAAUAUAUGGAAAGAUACCAGCCAUGGUUGUAGAUCGUUGCGGGUGCUCAUGA